CAUGAACUGGCAUCAAUGAGGCCAGAAUCGACUUUUUUUGAAGUGGCGCCAAAAUGGGUGUGAGAGUGUGUGUGUUCAUGUGAAUCAUGUGUUGUAUCGUGCCAUCAGUAAUCAUCGUGUUUGGUUCGGUUCGAUAAUUUCGGAUUUUUAAAAUUAUCACGCGGGACAGAAAUUUAAUUUUUUUUGAUGCUCAUUUUUAGUUUAAUUAUGUCGUAUGUUCCGCGCAUAGAUGCACGUAUUCUCGGAAUGCAUUCGCUCAAUAAAUUAGAGCGUAUCACUCGCCCUAUUUACUUCUGAGACCUGUUGUUCGAAACGUUCUCAGUUCUCAUACUUACCUGUCCCAUCUCAGAGUUUGAUAACUUCCUCCCCUUCAUACCUAGAAGGAUCAUGACAUCUCAAGUAAAGCAUUAUCACAAUAACGGUCUGAUUAAUGCAUUGGAACGAUUGGACGAAGAUCUAGAUGCCGGACCCACAAACUUCAACAAGAUUGAGGAGGGUUUAUUUUUGGGAAAUUUAACAGCUGCAAAGGAUGUUCAUACUCUUGUGAGUAAUGCAAUCUCUCAUAUUUUGACGGUUGAUUCAUGUCCAUUGCCCAAAACCAUCACAGAUCUGAAGGAAAUCAAAAAUAAAUUUAUUCAAGUGACAGAUAUUCCUCAGGAAGACUUGCUGAGUUAUUUUUCUACUUCUUAUGAUUUCAUCAAAGAAGGCCAGGAAAAAGGAAACGUCUUAGUUCACUGUUAUUAUGGAGUGUCUCGAAGUGCCUCUGUAGUUAUUGCGUACCUCAUGAAAAAACAUCAGAUCUCAUUUGAUGAAUCCUUUAAAAGGGUGAAAAGUUGCAGACGUUUUGCUAGUCCAAACAAAGGUUUUGAAGCGCAGUUAAAAUUGUACGAGGUGAUGAAUUUUACCAUUGACAAGACUAAUCUCCAGUAUCGCAUGUUCAGAUUGCGACAUGCUGCUGUUAAAGUGAGAAAAGUCAAAAUUCUACCUCAAGAUUGCAUGGAUGUCAUUAAACCGGAUCCUUCGCUCACGUCUGUGAAACCAGAUCCACUCGUGUAUAAAUGUCGAAAGUGCCGACGCAUAGUUGCUUCCAUCAGUAAUAUUCUGCCGCAUUCCCCAAGUGAAAAACCCUCAUGGAAAAACGUUAAGUGGUCUGGCGAUCUGUCAAACGUAGAUCAGUGCUCACAGAUUCACUUUAUUGAGCCUCUCAACUGGAUCGAGAAUGUUUCCCACGCGGAAGAAGGGAAAAUCAACUGUCCUAAGUGCAAAUCAAAACUUGGCUCCUUCAGUUGGAUCAUGGGCUGCAAGUGCCCUUGUGGAGCUGAAGUCACGCCCGCUUUUUACCUUGUGCCGUCCAAAGUAGAGUUUAGCAAUUUUGUCCAAAAUGUUCAAAUAACUGUGUAAUUUUCAAGACUGCGACGUUUUUGUCGUCAUUCCAAUGGGAGUUCGGCGUUCCAAGUAUGAAAGAGUUUAUCAUCAGUGUAAUUUAAACUGUUGGUUAAUACUCUUUGAGAAGAGGCAGAAAAGAUAUAUAUGUUGUUUGUUAGCUUCAAGAAGAAUUCAUAUUUGCCCUAGUGCCCUCAGGAGGCUUUUUUAGUGUAUUUUCCGAAGAAAAUACACUAUUGUUUCUUCAUGUUUUUAGGGGGAAUAUUAUUACCGUGUGCAAAUAUCCACAAUUUCUCACAAAAAUCUGAUGUAAAUGAGUGAAGCUUUUUUUUCUGCAUUUUCGUAAAUAUCUCUGUGUAUAAGAUUUUGUUCAUGAGAAAGUGAAACGUAAAUUUUCUUUUGCUCACACCAAACUUUAUUCGCAGGAAUUCAAAUUUGAGUUCAAGGAUCUCAACCCCUAUUAUUAAAAAUCAGCAAUCUCAUAUCAGUAAGAAAUCCAACUUAACUGUUUAGUUUGGAUUAUAUUUAGGUAAAAAUGAGUUUUAGAUAAUUUAGAGCUCUCUGAGCUAACAAUUACUUAUUCGAGUCUGUGUGACUCAAAUAUAAAUCAGAUUUGCGCCUAGAAAUACGAACCUUUGUUUUUGAAGAUUUAUGUCUUGAGAACGAAUCAGCUGAUAGCAAUUUUGAAAUGACUCUCUUCUCACACUGGAAAAGAAAGGUUUGUCCAUAGAAUCCAUCUCUCAGUUUCAAGAUAGCACUAGAAAUAAUUUAGCAUUAUUGAAAUUUUUUUUUUUUUUUUUUUUUUUUUUUUUUUUUUUUUGGUGGUGGACAAUUUUUGGUCUCUGUUAGAAUGUUCUAUUAGCAUAUCGUGAAGCAAAAAGGAUUUGAAAUAGCUCAGCAUUAUCGACCUUUUUUUUUUCUCUCUCCGUCAGAGACUUUUAUUUGGAUGUCAUAAAUAAAGUGGAAAGGAUCUAUUUAUAUCGAGUGUUUUGAGGGAAGAUCUCUGUUUCUUUUUUGAAAUUGACCCAAAUUUUGUUCUCAGGUACUUACCACCUUUAGGCGUACUUACUAUGAAUGAAAAUAAUACAAUUUUCUAUAAGUGUCAUUUACUCUUCUUCAACUCUUGGUUAAAGAUGUAGAGAGUGUUUUUCUGUGAUCAAGUAAUUUUAAUGUAAGGUUUUUUGUUUGUUCUUUGUUCCUGAUUUUUUUUUCUUUUUUCGGCGGAAGAGGCAAAGAAAUAGGGACUGAUAAGGGCUGAUAGAAGAGCCGAUAUUAUUUAAGUGACUAUGACAUAAAUUGAGGUCGUUAAGUAUUUAUAGUUUAUCGUCCUUUUGCCUCGCUUGGAAGCCAUAUCCGUCUAAGGUACCAUGAAAAAUUUACAAUUGAUCAUAUCCUCAAGUGAAAUAUUUAUCUGAAUCUGAAAAACUGGAAAAAUCAAAAAUUUUAAUUUUGUCCUAUUUUUCUCCUCUUAUUUUCUUUCAUUCCAUCACCAAUCCGAAAUAAUAAGUGUGAAGAACGUACCAGGUGUCCUAUCAUAUACCCUGAGUUGCAGUAAGAGAGCACCAACAUGAGAGAGGAGAAAACGUAAAAGAUGUGAAGAAUCAAAACGUCGAGUCGGAAAUCAACCACAUCAACGGAAUAAAAAAUCCAAAUGUAUACGCUGAUAAUUGUGUUGGAAAUCUGCACGAUGAAGUGAGUGCUUAUUUUUUCGAUGAACAAUGAACUUAGGCGAUGCGUCAGCAAACUGAUCUCGACCCACAGCAGCCGAUAUUCCUCGAUCAUUUUGCUUGUCACUCUUGGAUUAUUUACAAUUCGCUGAGAAGAAAGAAGGCGUGCUGUCAUGAACAUAGUGCAUUUUUUCAAGUAUUGAUUUUAAAAGAAUCUGGAGGAAAAAUAACUGUUUGCGACCUUUGGUAUCUUCAUUUGAUCUAAAAAUUGAGUUUUCAUUAGAUUAUGGUUGAGGUGGAAAGUGUUAUUUUGACGUUGUUGCAUAAUAUUAAUCUUGAUGCAUCAUCGCAUGUUCCCUUUGGCUAAUAAUCUUUCUGCAUGACAUGAAGUGAAUAAACUCCGUGUCUUUAUUUUUAA